AUGCCUCCUAAAGGUGCCUCGACCAAACUCAACCCCGUCCGGUUGCAGACCAUCCCUCAUCUGCGAAUCCGCCAUCCGAACAAGAAUGAGGGCAACCCCUGCAUGACGGUGAUGUCUUCGAUGCUGAGUUGCUGGGCUUCUUCCGGCUACACCUCCGAGGGUUGCCUUGCUCUCGAACAGCAACUGAGACAAUGCAUGGACGCACCGGUACGUGUCUUGCUGCGAAUCGAAUCAAUUUAUUCCAAUCCGCGACCGAUUCCGCGCGCUCUUCUCCCAAAAUUCAGAUCCACAGAUGAACAAAUGCUAACGAGGUCCUCUUCGGACGAUACAGAAAAAGAAGAACUCCGGCACAAACACUAUCAACUACCACCUCAUGAGAAUGUACCCCAAGGUUGUUGGACCGAAGAAGAAGAACUAGACGUCGGUUUGUCUGUGUGCAAGUUAUCGAAGGUAAACAAUGAAUGGGAUACUGAAGGGGUGAUGGUCUGGGCGAUGGUCUCUGGUUCUAGCCAGGGCCUUAUCUAUCUACUCGCCGCUUAG